AGCUCUUCUAUCUUUAAUGGAACCUCAUGGUAGUAGUACAUGUUGGUUCACGUGGUUGUAGUGAAAAACAUAGGACUACUAAGAUUGCUCCAGAAGUUGCUAGGUGACUCUUUGAGCUUGAUCAGCCACAAAGUGCUGGUAACGAUGUUCUUGCUUUGCUUCUAUCAACUAUUUAUUGCAGCUAUAGAAGCUGGAUUAGUCUACAAACAGUUGUCAUUUUAACUUUUCUCGAACUCAACAAGGCUUUCAAGCAACGGUGCUUUUAAAGGUAGUUGUUUAUUGUAAGAGCUGGCUGUUUCACUUCUUGGUGUCAAAUAUCUCUAUCUUUUAAACAGAAUUGUAAGUGUUGUUUGUUGGUAGUGUGAAAGAUGAUGAUUCAUCCAAUUAUGGUGAGAGACUUCUAAACUUGUUAAUGAAUGUAUUAUUAGUACGCUAGUGUUAUCAUCAUCAUAUCAUACUACUUGAGAGUUUAACUUAAGACAUGAUUCAUAUUCAUACACAUAAGCCAGAGGGAUUCUCUUACAAUAAUAUCAAAACUAUACUCUGAUUAACAUUCAAAAUCUAUAUUGUUGUCUUGAACCUCCUGUAUUCAUCUUCGAUACCAUCAAUAAAAACAUCCAUUUUCUAUAGUUGAUUGUAGCCAAUUUUAUGUUUACUUCUCAAUCAAGUUACUAAUUUUGCAAACCUUAUUUCUGACUGAAUUUUAGGAUGCAUUGUUCUUUUUCUUCUUUUUCCACGAAUAACAUCGGAGAAAAAUAUGUGCGUAGCUUUGACGAUCGUUGCGGACCUCAUUAGUUUAGAUGAGACCGUAACCUUUUGUAAUGUUAUAUUUCCUCGUUUUAUUUAAUUGAUUUUUUUUUGUCUAAAACAAAGUUUAAGUAGUCAUAAAACAUUCAAGGAAUAUUUGUUUGUUAUAUAGUUCAUAAAAAAAACUAUCACAGGGUUUUUAUCAUGAAACAUAGUUUCGUUUUUUUUAAUAUACAAACUAGUCUCGUUUCUCUUUCUUCUAGUUUCUCUCUCUAAAAGGGCCUUAAGAGCAUCUUUAUUGCUUUCUUUUGAGCGUCUCUUGGAGGGAGCCCACAGUUUAGAAAAAACGGUGUGUUAUGUGUGCAAAAUAAGAGACGAGACGUGUGUUGUGUGUUUUUUGCACUGUUUGUAGGUCUUAUUGACACGUGGCGGCCUACGAUUAGCGUGCUUUUUAAUUUUUUUUUGUUAAUCAGAAAAAAUAAUUAAGAAACCUUUAAUGGGGUUUAGGGAUAAAAAUGCUCUAAGUAAAUGAGAUCCUACCAAUAGGAAAGUUCCAAACCAGAAGAAGAAAAAAACAGAACAAGAUGAAUGAAAUAAGUUCAUACUUGUCCAUCACAAAAUUUACCCACACGAACCUGUCAUGUUAGUUAUGCCUUAGCCCGAGUUACCACAUAUUGUUUAUGAAUCAUGCUUAAUAUUUUAUUAUAUCAAAAAUGUUAUUAGUUUGUGUAUUUUAGUUAAUGCUUUGCUUUGUGUUUUGAAUAUUAUUUUACAUCUUUACCUUUUAAAAUGAAUAAUUUUCAGUAAAUUGCUGUUACAAUAUGUAGUUGGCUACCUAUGUACAUGUGCGUUCAAAUUCAGUGAAUCAUGUUUCCAUUAUUGGGAAGUCGGCCUUCUAUUCAGGGAACAAACAUGCAUGGUCAACCGACCAUAUCUUAAUACGAGUUUUGCCAUUGUAUAUCAAAAUCGUCUCUAUUUAUUAAGGAUUACACGUGAUAAUUUAAACUCCACUUAAAUGUUCUCUUACAAGUAAUCUCGAACAAGAGUAGUUUAAACAAUAUGGUUGGCAAACGAAUAAAGUUUGAUUGGUGUGUUGAAUAUACAACAAGCGCGUGGUGAAUAUUCCUGGGGCGACUAACUUGCUAUUGCAUGACAGAAAGUUAAUCAUCAUUUACACUCACGAAUUUUUGUGUUUAUUGUAAUUUUUUUUUUUUUUUGUGUUCAAAAGAUCAAUAAUUGUCAAUCGCAUAGUGGCAUAAAUUUGCAUGGAUCACCGACUCGCAUCGUCCGAUGCUGACAUAUAAUAAAAGCCACCGUCCACUUACGGAUGUAAGGAAAAUUUACAUAUGCAAAUUCAUUUAGCAGAGAUGAAAAAGUGACACUCAUAAGUUAAUGUUAUCCAAUGUUCUAAAAAUAGGUGUAAGUGACACCUAGGCGCUCUUUAGAUCAUCUUCGCAUCUACUCCAUAAUUUACUCUAUAAAUAAAGUAAUUUUUUUAUUUUUUUUGUUCAUACUCCAUUUUUUACUCCAUUUUAAAGUAAAUUAUGGAAUAAGAAUGGAGAUGUCCUUAGACAGCAUUCAAUUAUAGUUCAUAAAAUCUGAUUUUGUAGCAUCUUAAAAUUUGAUCUAUGUGAUUCAAAUCAAAUCGGUUUAACCGUUCAAAAUCUAUUAAAAAUUUUCUACGUCAAUAUAAUUGGUUUAAAUAUGUUUAAUCAAGUAAUAAUGUUAAUACAUAUUCACAUUUUAUACGAGGCUUAAAGAUAAUCUGAUUAAUCACUAGUCCUCUAUAAAUGCUUAGUUACUUCCUAACAAUUUCUUAAGCAUUGUUAUUAUGUCUAGAAAAGUGUUACUUUUGUAAUAUUCUUAAAGGAAACAGAGGCAUGCCUACAGUGUAUUGAAAAAGACAUUCGCUUCAGGUCCCCGAUUAAUAUGACUGUUUUUAGAGUUCCAAAAUUUUAAAUAAUUUCUAGUAUAGUGAUUUAGACUUAUUUAAAAAAAAAAAAUUCUACGAAAAUUAAUUAAUUCUUUUUUUUGAAUUCAUGUAUUUUUUUUAUAUGACAUAAUAUAAUAUAUUUACGUUAUAAACUUAUUCUUUUACAUUAUUAAACUUGUGUAUUUGGUGAAAAUAAUAUAUCAUAUUAAAAAAAUAUUUUCAUUACGGUUGUAAAUAAAUUUAUUUUUAAAACUUGCCUUAAGCCCCUAAAACUCUUCACAUGGCACUGAAAGGAAACAACAACAUUGCAAAAAAUCGAUAACCACUUAAAAGCGUACUAUUCCAUUGAGCAUGAGUCUCCAUGUUAGCUCACAUGUUCCAACAGAAGGACAACAUAUAUAUAGGAGUUAUGUGAUAUGAAGAGGCGUUGCAUGCUCGUUAUUCAGAGUUCAGACCCUCCAAAUCAGCACCUUGUACGGUGAGGAGCUUGAGAAAAAGGCAUGAGGUUUUUCUGCUGUGCAAGCAGUUUGAAGUGGCUUCUAUCUCCAGCUUGAUUUAACAAGUUCAUAUCAGAUUCAUUUUGCAUGAGGAUGUUAAGGAAAAGAAAUGGAGAUUACGUACUACAACUUAGAGAUAGAGUAGACGUCAGCUAAAAGAGAAAAAAUGUUGUUCACCAUGAAAAAGUCUAGGGAACGUAUAAGGGUAUGGUUGAUGGUGACUCUGGCAUGCGCAAUGGUAAUUAGGUUAAGAACUCUUCCCAGUUUAGCGUUCGUGACGGGAAUGUGAACCCCAUCUGGACAUAUAGAACUCGUCAGCUAAAUUACAAAGCCACGAGCAAAACAGUUAUACACCAAUACUAGUUUACAUUAUUAGGAGCUUAUAAAAGAAACUACUGUAAACUAUUUACAUAUUUUUUAAUGAUAAAAUAUCUACUAAGUUUUACAAACAGUAACCGAACAAAGAACUCCAAACAAACAUGCUAUACACGUUCCACGUCAUUUUCUAUCUUUUAAUACCAUGUAGUAGAAAACGUUUAUAUUCACAUAUUAUACACGUUCCAUAAAUUAACAAACACAUGGCCGCAAUCCCAUGAACUCAACUCCGGAUUCCCUCGUCGGUUACGAUUUUUGGUUUUCAUCGUCGGUUACGGUUUCUUGAGUUACUUUCGACAGAGAACUAAAAUGGCUAUUUAAUAUCCACAAAACCACGAGGAAAAAAAUCAAGAUCUUUUAUUUUAUUUUUUAUUUUAUUUUGUCAACCCACAGUUUUUCCCUUCAUGGCUUUCUCGUUCUACGUCUCUAACCACGCACUCUAUAAAUAGAUAACAAUCCUUCACAACUUAACAUGAACAAGUAAAAGAACACGAGCAAUAUCAAUAACUCAAAACAGAAAAUAUGAAUAACCAAGACAAAAUCAUGAUCGAGAAGGAGACCACCGACAAGAUCGAGAUCAAGAGCAAGAACGGCCUCAACGAACAAGAACUGGAAGUCAAGAUGGACAACAUGAGCGACCUAAACAAAACCACGAAUGGCCUCGGCGAGAAAUGGCCAGAACCAAUCAUCCGAGUGCAGUCCCUGGCCGAGAGCAACCUCGCCACCGUCCCCGACCGUUUCAUCAAGCCGCCGUCUCAACGCCCUAAUGAAACCAUCACUAUCAACAAUCAACCGGAAGCUGCCGCGAUAAAUAUCCCAGUCGUAGACCUAAGGAGCAUCUUAUCCGGCAACCAAGAGGAAACGGAGAGGAUCUCGGAAGCAUGCCGUGAGUUUGGCUUCUUUCAGGUGAUCAACCAUGGGGUGAGGCCGGAGCUGAUGGCCGCCGCUAGAGAAGCUUGGAGAAGCUUCUUCCAUUUGCCUGUAGAAGCCAAAGAAGCUUACUCAAACUCCCCAAGUACCUACGAAGGUUACGGAAGCAGAUUGGGUGUGGAAAAGGGAGCACUUCUUGAUUGGAAUGAUUAUUACUUUCUAAAUUUUCUUCCUCUUGCCUUGAAGGAUCUCAACAAAUGGCCUUCUUUACCAUCAAACAUUAGAGAAGUGGUGGACGAGUACGGUGAAGAACUAGUUAAGCUAGGCGAGAGCCUUAUGAGGAUAUUAUCGUCAAACUUGGGAGUAAAUGAAGAACAACUUCAAGAAGCAUUUGGUGGAGAAGACUUUAGUGCAUGUAUGAGGGUUAACUAUUACCCGAAAUGCCCUCGACCAGAGCUUGCCCUCGGCCUCUCCCCUCAUUCAGAUCCCGGCGGCAUUACCAUCCUCUUGCCGGACGAUCAAGUCGCCGGCCUUCAAGUCCAUCACGGUGACACGUGGAUUACCGUUAAUGCUCUCCCCAACGCUUUUGUCGUCAAUCUAGGCGAUCAAAUGCAGAUACUAAGCAAUUCGAUAUACAAGAGUUCGGAGCAUCGAGUGAUAGUUAACUCGCAGAAAGAAAGGGUUUCACUUGCAUUCUUCUAUAACCCUAAGAGUGACAUUCCUAUCCAGCCACUGGAACAACUUAUCAGCUCUACAAAUCCUCCUUUAUAUCCUCCCAUGUCCUAUGAUCAAUACAGACUCUUCAUUCGAACUCACGGUCCACGUGGAAAAUCCUACGUUGAGUCUCAUGUAUCCCUCGUUAACGGAUAAAGAGACGAAAUGCUACUUGGCGAGGACAUCGAGGUUAUGGAGAUAUCAGAAAGAUACUAGAAGAUGCUAAUGAUCGACGGAGAUAUAUAUUGGAGAUCAGAAUGAAUCAAUAAAACAUCUAUAAUACUAUCGUUGUUUAUAGUUCGUGUGAUUUGAAUAAUUGUGGUUGAUAUGUAUUUUCAGUUAUUGUAGUAUAAAAUAUAUAAUAUUAAUUAAUGUGGUAUUUUAUCAUUAUCAUGUAAUUGCUCUUUUUCCAACAACGAUUACCUUAUUCAUAUUUAAUUGGCCAAUAAUUGUUUACUAAAUGAAAAAAUGUAAUCUUAUAUUCAUUUUCUGAGGAAAAAAAUUGACUGAAAGACUUGACUGAUUGUGGAUCAUUUAUGGUGAAGUUUUGAAAUUGAUAUUGGGAUGCCCCAAACUACUUCAAAAAAACAAAAAAAAAGACUUGGACGUUUUGUUUUUAUGUUUAGAAAAAAAAGUUUAUAGUGAAUAUUAUAGAGAAGUGAUGGAUGACUACGGUGAAGAACUAGUGAAUAUGUUCAACAAAAAAAAAAAAGAACUAA